AUGGCCAACAUACUGAGACCCUGGUUGAUCCUCGUAGCCCUCGUCGUGUGCGUGCUGGUUAGCCUGGGCACCUUCGCGGAUGCCUACCCGCCCAAGCCUGUGAGCCCCGACAACAACGCGUCCCCGGAGGAAUGGGCCAGAUACAACACGGAACUGCGACACUACAUCAACCUCAUCACUAGACAGAGGUGAGUGAGUCAGCACUCUAACGAUGCAAACCUUUCAGCCUAUUGGGUUUUAAGGGAAUGUAAGCUGCUACUGACAAUCAAUAGAUUGAUUACAUGUUCCUUCUUUCAAUUUGAAUACAAAGAAAACAAAAAAAAUGCACCUCCCUAAAUUCCAAUCAAAUAUUGCUGAUAAUCUUAAGAGGUCAAAUGACCACUAUAGCCAAGGUCACAGGAGAAGUUAUGAGGGAUAUUUAACUAAUAAGGAACAGGAAGGCCCCACAUAAUGUUUAUGCUCCCAAUUCCCCGCUUUAUUGACCACGUUUCGACCCGAAACAGAUCUUCCUCAGGUCAAACAGGCUGAGUGCUCACAUCCCAAAAUAUACACAUUUCACCUCACAUGACACAUGCUGGGUGUGGAAACAAUUUAAUUCACUUUUGCGCAGUCAAUCAUAAUUAAUCACAGAGGUACAUAUGGUCAAACGAUUAUAUACAUACAAAUCGGUCCAAGUUAAAAACCUAGGCAACAGUAAAGAAAAAAAUAAUAUGUUGGAAAAUGUUGGAAUACCCGCCCAUAUGAUCAUUAAGUACAGGACAUGAGGUGGCUGUAGAUAUAAUUACAGUGACCUAUUUCAAAAACAACUUGUGUACCUCUAAUAAUUUGAUAUCAAUGAGAUGAACACAUGUAGUAGUUACAGAAAAUCAACUAUAUAGCAUACCUAUGUACAAAAUGACCAAGUGGAGACCUGGAUUGCAGGACAAAUCAACAUCUCUACAUGGUCAUUUUGUACAUAUGUAUAUAUUUGAUUUUCUGUAACUAUUACAUGUGUUCAUCUCAUUGAUAUCAAAUGAUUAGAGGUACACAAGUUGUUUUUGAAAUAGGUCACUGUAAUUAUAUCUACUGCCACCAGGCGUCCUGCACAUAAUGGUCAUAUGGGCGGGCAUUCCAACAUUUUCCAACAUAUAUAUAUAUAUAUAUAUAUAUAUUUUUUUUUUUACUGUUGCCUAGGUUUUUAACUUGGACUGAUUUGUAUGUAUAUAAUCCUUUAUGAACAGAAAGGUGUAGUGGGUUUGCACUCAAAAAGAUGUCGCAUAAAGCUUACUUAAAUGAUUUUCACUGCAUCAGGGAUAGCUUGCACAGACGUUUCGGCAUUACAGCCUUCUUCAGCAUGUGGGUACCAUUUUAUUUUAAUUCAAAACAGCAUUUGUAGAGAACAACUGAUGAGAGCAGGUGCUUCUAAUUAGGGUUGCCAAUCAUUUGCCAAUCAGGGUUGUGGCUUUUCUGGUGUACCUGUAUACAAAUGAGUCACAAAGAAAUACAGAAUUAUAGGGUAUGGGAGUGGGCACGAAGGGCAACUCACGAAUCAACCGCCGCAGGUGUCUGCUCACCUGAAGACAUCAUAUCAGUUCAUGAGAUAGCCCACCACAAAGGACAUCAGCCACAGCCGUUCAUAAAUAUGUAGGGCCAACUCAUAAACGAUAUGCAAAAUCUGAUAUGGACCUUUUUGUUUAUCUGAAUUUGCGGGUUUUACGCACCAGCCAAGCUUCUGGGAGAGCGCAAUGGAUCUCUUUUGAUUAUAAUCCUUUAUGACCAUAUGUACCUCUGUGAUUCAUUAUGAUACUUUACAAGUAUUCUUUAUUAUCCCAGCACCUACGUUUUUAAGGAUAUGCAUAUGACCACAAACGUUUCUAUAGAGGAUAUUUUAACUAAGCCUGAGGAUAAUGAUGUUCUCUUGGCUCUCCGACCAGCCUGUUGUUCUGAACACUGUGAUAACAUAACUUAAUUCCAGUUUUGGAAAGCCACAUAUGCAGCAGCAUUAUACAGACAGAGAGAUUAGUAUUUGGAGAUCACAGUGUAGUUAUUUAAAAUAAUGAUGGUACGGAAAUGAAAGGAAAGGAGCCUGUUUUGCUCCAGCCCUGACCUACCCUGCGUAGAGGGAUAGAGUUCACCAAUAGAGACCUAUAAUGGCUCCACUGGGGCCUUGGUCUGUGUAAUGGAGAUGUGCUAUUACCGGCAAAUAUACCUGACCUGUCUGGUCUGGUCUGGCUUCAUUAUACUGAUCUAUAAUGAGUUGCUAUUCUUAUUCCCUCAACCUGGGUUGUAAGGGAAGACUGCUUUAGGCUAUGAUGCGAUGCUGUACAGUGUACUUAUAAGUACUUGUGCAACCAAUGCAAUAACACUCAUGGCAGUAUGGAAUAAUACUACAUACGAUAAACAAUACACAAAGCAGCAUUGGCAACUCUAACAUUGAAGAAUAAUAACAGCCAUACAGUAGAACAUAUGGCUGAAACUUAUCAAAGUAACAUGAAGUAAUUAGUGGUAAUAACCUAUUAUUACACAGCAUGUAAACCCCCCCCCCCCCCCCCCCCCCUGUCGACAAUAAAAAGUCCUCAGAAACAUGUGUCUUCUCCCUUCGGACAACGAUAACACUCUGACCUGAGUGGGCAGGUGCAAUGUCCAGAUUCGCAUUUCUCUGAUUGGUUGAGAAUGGCAGGGCUCUGAUGGGUGAGGGAUAACUUAGGUAGGCUGAGCAACCAAACUAACGGGAUUUAAGGGAAACUGAAAGGACUGUGAGGGGAAGUUAGGUAGAGAGGAGAGGCUCAGGACGUCGUUUUUUUACAACAGUUGUGUGUGUUUGUGUAUGUGUGUAUCUGUGUAUGCAUGGUGAUUCUGCAUCUAUGUGUUCACAUGUGUGCCUGCCUGUGCAUCUUGGCAUAUCUAUCUGUGCAGCUACGUCUGUUGCUCGGAGAGAGAUUUCAUGUAGGCGUGUAGAGUUUGAGGGAACCUGAACCAGUCUCCUAUUAAACGUCUAAAGACUGCAGAGGCUAUCAUUAAAAGGGCUGGUGCUGUCAAUGCUCUGCAAGGGCUGUGUGCCAUGCAGUUCAGCCCCUCUGUUCUCACACAAAGGGAGAAUCACUCCACAAUGGCCAGGCAUUGAUUUCAGUAAGUAUAUUUUAAAUGCCUUUGCGCUGCCUGUAGAGCUGAGGAUUGCUUGCCUUGCUGAGCAUUGGGCAUUAGACUUUCAAAUCUCUCCUUGUUUGGAGCUAUGAGAGAUAUGUGAUCUUGCCUCUGGAAAUAAAAAUGGUAUUGGUGAUUAGUGAGUACACAGAGUAGGGUAUAAGCACUUAGAAUGUCAAAUUUCUUGACACUUUUGCUCUUUCUCAAUUAAUCUUUCCUCGAUUCCUAGCAUCCUCUCUCCUCACCUUCUUCUCAAAACGCAUGUGAGAAGGAGGUCCGAGGGGAAGGACCUUGGAUCUUAUUCUCCAAUACAGUUGAGAAGAAGGUGAGGAGAGAGGACACGAGGGAUCUCGGAAAGAUUAAUUGAGUUACUAGUGCCUAGGAAUUCAUGGGGCUGUCGAUGAUGAGGUGGGCAAGCUACUCAUGGCCACAAGGGGACAUGAUAUGAUCAUAGGACCCCUGUUAGCACACUCCAGCAAGCAAUGUAUAUCUCUUGGUGACAUACAGUAACAGUGAUGGCCUCUCUGUGUCCACUAGGUAUGGGAAGAGGUCUUCCCCUGAGUCAGCUAUGGCAUGGUUGCUGUUCGGAGACGAGUCGGAAGGCGACUUAACACCACGGUGAGAGGAUGAAGAGUGGCACAGUGGUCUAAGGCGCUGCAUCGCAGUGCUAACUGUGCCACUAGAGAUCCUGGUUCGAAUCCAGGCUCUGUCACAGCCGGUCGUGACCGGGAGACUCAUGGGCGGCGCACAAAUUGGCCCAGCGUCGUCCAGGGUAGGGGAGGGAAUGGCCGGCAGGGAUGUAGCUCAGUUGAUAGAGCAUGGCCAGGGUUGUGGGUUCGAUUCCCACGGGGGGCCAGUAUAAAAAAUAUAUAUGUAUUCACUAACUGUAAGUCGCUCUGGAUAAGAGCGUCUGCUAAAUGACUAAAAUGUAAAUGUAAUGAAGAGACUGGGUGACGGGGUGAUUCAAAAUGAUUGUGUCUGCUAUUUGUUACAAUAGACUCAUACAUUGAGUAUAUCAACAUGACCCACAGGGUUGGGGUCAAUUCCAAUUUAAUUUGAAAUUCCAAUUCAAUUCUUGAAUUCACUCAAGAAGUGGAGAAUUUACAUUGAAUUCAAUUUGAAUUUCAACCAUCUUCAAGUUAUGGAAUUGGAAUCGAAUUGGAAUUAGACUGUUUGGACAGAUUGAAUUAGAGUUGAAUUGGAAUUGUAAAAACAUUUAAUCUUUGGAAUUGAAUUGGAAAUCAAUAUUUGUACAUUUCCCAGGUAGUGGAAUUAAUGCACUUAGCAUAAAACAUUGACAGCAGGAUUUGUUUUAAAUCAGGGAUCGGCAACUUUGAUGAGGGUGGGGGCCACAAAAAAUCUGAACUAAUCAUGCGGAGCCGCAGUGGCUCAUGGGUCUGCAUACCCACAUCUAUACUCACACAUGCAAUCAGAGCCGGCCUUAGCCUUUUGGGGGCCCUAAACUAAAUUUUGUUGGAGCCCCCCCCCCCCCCCACCUUGCAAGGAAAACAAUUUGACAGCGGAGAGAAAACAUUUAAGUUUUAGAGUUAAUUUCCUGCAAUUCUACACAUUUUGCCAUAGGGAGAAGAGAAAUGUUAUAUAUGAUAUCUGAGUAAGAGUGACUAACAAAAUCAAUCAUUGGGGUUCCCCUGGUCGGUAAUUCGACCGUGAUUACUACAAGUUUAGAUGGCUGGCCGCUAGACUAGCUUACCAAUCUAAAAAAUGUUAGCUGACAUGGGCUAAUUGAGUGACUGAUAUAAGACCAAAACUGUUUGAUGCACAACCAAAUUUCGAAAUUGCACCUUGUACCUUGUGUAUUCUACUAUUCUCACUCUCAAGAGUAAAUUGAGACCCCCGCAGUUGCCCAUCCUUGUUUUAAAUAAUUUAAACUUGUAUUUCUAUAUUUCCAGUAUAGUUAGGCUGUCUGAACAGUGACUAGCCUGAAAUCCUACGGGAAUUGAAUUUGAAUUGGUGGAAUAAUAUUGAAUUGGGAAUUGACUUCUUGGAAUCUACCUAACAUUGGAAUUGAGAGUAAUUGAAUUAUCUCUGAAUUCAUAGACUGACCUGGAAUUUGAAUUAAAUUGAAUUUACAGGGAGAGGUAAUUGAAUUAGAAUUUAAUUUGUGGAAUUAACCCAAACCAUGAUGACCUAUUCACACACUGUAUUGGCAAUGUGUCAGUCCAACAAUGAAUAGCAAUAUCUAAGUUUGAUCACUUGAUAUGGAUUUUAGUGAGUUUGAAAGGGCAGAUACUGACUUUUUGUGUAUUUUUAUUUCAGUUCGGAUGGCAGUGAUCUAUGGUAAAUCCCAUACCUCUGGCGUGCUGCUCUGCUGUUCCACUCAAAUGGUGGGCCUAACAACAACUCAAACAGGCUGCUUAACUGGCAGCCUUCACUGGACUGUGCGGCCCACUACUCCUGUCCGGCACGCAUGCAUCUCUUUCUCUCUCUCUCUCUCUCUCUCUCUCUCUCUCUCUCUCUCUCUCUCUCUCUCUCUUUCUUUCUCUCUCUCAUUGCUCAUCCUGUAAAUAAUGUGUUAUUAAAUAAAAUUAUGAAUAAUAAAGAAAUGAAUGUGUAAUAAUCUGGUCACAGUGAGUUUUAGUUGACCUUUCGGUUUCAGAUAAGCAAAACAAUAUUUUUAUUCACAAGCUAUGAUUGGAAAUACAUUAUCCUAGACCACCCACCACUUCAGGCCUAUGGUUACAAGAGUACCAUCUUCUAA